UCAUUAACAUAAUUUAAAUAGGUACUAUAGGACUUGUUCAGCUUGGAGAAGAAAAAGUCUUGCAGCAUGAAACCUCCUUGAAGUUUAACUGAUUAGGACUGCUCUUGUACUAGGAAGUAGGCUUUGAGACUGGGACUUCCAGAAAAAAAAAUCAAGAAUUUAACCACCAAUCCCUUCAAUUUCUGGAUAUUUUCUUGUUGUCUUUUACAUUUACUUUCCUCAUUCCUUUCUCAUUUGUCAACCUUACUAUUUUAACUUGUUGUCCAAUAAUGUCUUCUACUCUCAUGCUUAUAUUUAUAUGCUAGGCCUUAAAGGAUUUCUCAAAAUACUCCCAAGUCCAAGAAGAUGAGCCAAUUUUCCUUGUUUUGCAGUGGCCAAGAAUUGGCAAACUUGUUGGUGAGCACAGAUCUACUGCAUCAUUCUUGGGCUACAAUUUCUGACCUUAUGAAUCAUGCUUAUUUGGAUAAUCCAACUAACACUGUUCCAGUUUUGUUUAAAGUUUAUCCAUUCAAUUCAAAUGGUGCUAUUAUUGCUUUUGUGUCCUCCCCUACUUGUACAUUUCACAAAGAAAUGGUCUCUUCAGAAGUUCUUAAAGGCUCCCAAGCCCCUUUUGGAUUCAUUUCUACCAAACUGAACCCUCAUUUCUCAGUUAACGAAGCAACAAUAGCUCUUUUUGCCUCACUGAUGAAUAAGCUCUCUGCCAUCAAAGGACAGUUGGACAGUUUCAAUCCGCUAGUAAUAACUGGACUUUCUUUGGGAGGUUCCGUGGCAUCUCUAUUCACUCUAUGGCUACUUGACAACAUUUCUCCAAAGGACAAUAAUAAGCGUCCCACUUGCAUCACUUUUGGUUCACCCCUUCUUGGUGACAGUGGCCUGCAACAAGCCAUAUCAGAACGUCCAUCUUGGAAUUCAAGCUUCUUGCACGUAGUUUCAAACCAAGAUCCAAUCCCCGGAUUUUUAAUUUCACCUACUAGUGGCUUUGCUGGUUCUAUUCCUCAAUCUUGUAUCUACAAGCCAUUCGGUACGUUUAUGCUGUGCUCAGAUUCAGACUGCUCUUGUUUUGAGGAACCUGAAUCAGUUUUGGAUCUAAUGAUGGUAAUGAACUCAAAUAGCCAACACCAAGACAAUGGUUUCUCGCUUUUUGACUAUAAGCAAAUUUUGGAACACCUCAAGCGUAGAGUAAUCUGUAAGGGAACUCCUCAGCUGUGUGACUUUAGUAUGGAUCAACUUCAAGUAGGCAUCAAUUUACAGCUAGAAGCAAUCGGAAUUGGUGGACAGCACACAAGUAACAUGAGUUUUCUGAGGAAUAACAUGGAGAGAAGAGUAAGCGAAUCUUUCUUAAAGAAGAGGAAUGCAUUUGAUCCUGGCAAGAAGCUAAACAAAAUGAAAGAAGCUAUGGCUUGGUUAGAGUGGUACAAGAAGGUAACCCUGAAUGAAGGAGGCUACUAUGAUUGUUUCAAAUUGAGCGGGUCACGAAGCAGGAAUGAGGUCAUAAGCAGACAAGAAAUUGUCAAGCACCACAGAACCCUCAAUAAGUACUGGAAAAGAAUGGUUGCAGAAGUAGAGAAAAUGCCACAAAGAGAGGAGGCAGUUUUUCGUACUAGGUGGCUAUAUGCAGGAACAAACUAUAGAAGGAUGGUUGAACCACUCGACAUAGCUGAAUACUACAUGAAAUUAGGGAACACAGACUAUGUAAAUCUUGGAAGAUCCGAGCACUAUAAACAGUUGGAGAAAUGGAUGAUAGAAGACGAACCAUCUGGAAGUGGUAACAACAGAACGAAGGCCGUUAGCCUCACCGAGGAUUCUUGCUUUUGGGCAUAUGUGGAGGAAGCUAUUAUAAGUUCCAAAAGACUCAGACAAGGCAGUUCAGAAGAGAAGGAAAAUUCAAUGAGGGAGUUGGCUAAGUUUGGGGAAUAUGUAAUGAGUUUGAUAAGGAGAUAUUCAGUAACCUCUGAGAUUUUCCAGCCUCAUAGUAGCUAUAUGAAAUGGUGGCAAGAUUAUAGGCAAGAUAUUCUAAGCUGUUUGAGUAAUUUGCCUUUGGCCUUUUACAUGGAAAGUCAAGAAUACCAACGUUAUGCUUAGAAUGGGAGUUAGUGUUGACUACUCCAAGUUGCAUAACUUAAAAGAUAUUGACAUGUGAAGACGUAUUAUAUACCACGUAGAUCUGUGCACACUCCUGUACCAUUCCUGUUUAGUCAAUGAAGCUUUUAGUACUCCAAAAAAAAUAAAUAGUAAUAAUAAUAAUAGUAGAUUUUAUUUCAUUCCUGUUUAGUCAAUGAAGCUUUUAGUACUCCAAAAAAAAUAAAUAGUAAUAAUAAUAAUAGUAGAUUUUAUUUUGCAGCCA